AUGUGUAAGAAGCGCAUGGGCUGUGUGGGUGUGAUUGUCACCACGCUCUGGCCAGCCAUGGACACAGAAAGGAGGCUGACUUACAAGAAUCUGCUGCUGAAAGCCCAGCUAGGCCCAGCUGGGCCUGCAGCCAACUUCCACUUUACCCGGGAUGCUUUCGCUUUCAAGACAUCUUGUUUUGAGUCAAGAUUCCUCCUUCUGAACACGGGACUUUCCGGCAGGACCACAUCUCCUUCCGAGCACUCCUUUGGCCUAGGAUGGAUAUCCUGGUUUGUUGAGGGAGUCUUCCAAAGGAGGAUAUCGGCCAUGUGUUCCCUCUGGAGUCUUCUUCUCUCCCAAGGCCUCCUUCCCAUUGUGGUUAUCAGUGUCCAAGUGCUAAGCAAGGUAGGGGACUCCGGGCUGCUGGUGGCCGAGUGUCCUCCGGGCUUCCAAGUGCGUGAGGCUAUCUGGCGAUCUCUCUGGCCAUCAGAGGAGCUCCUGGCCACCUUUUUCCGGGGUUCCUUGGAGACUCUGUACCACUCUCGUUUCCUGGGCCGAGUUCAGCUCUAUGACAACCUCAGCCUGGAGCUCGGGCCCCUGAGAACUGGAGACAGUGGCAAUUUCUCUGUGCUGAUGGUGGAUACAGGAGGUCAAACCUGGACCCAGACCCUGCAUCUCAAGGUGUACGAUACAGUACCCAAGCCCGAGGUUCAAGUGUUCACGGCUGCCACAGAGGAGGCUCAACCUCUCAAUACCUGUCAGGUCUUCUUGUCCUGCUGGGCCCCCAACAUCAGCGACAUAACCUACAGCUGGCGACGGGAGGGGACAGUGGACUUUAAUGGGGAACUGCACAGCCUUUUGUCAAAUGGACAGGUGUUAAGUGUUUCACUGGGACUGGGGGACAAGGAUGUGGCCUUUACCUGCAUUGCCUCCAACCCUGUCAGCUGGGAUAUGACCACAGUCACCCCCUGGGAGAGCUGCCAUCAUGAAGCAGCCUCCUCCGGGAAGGCCUCCUACAAGGACGUGCUCCUGGUUGUAAUGCCAAUUACACUGUUCCUGAUUCUGGCUGGUCUCUUUGGGGCAUGGCACCAUGGCCUGUGCUCAGGGAAGAGGAAGGAUGCCUGCACUGACAGAGCGCUUCCAGAGUCAGAGAGUGCCAUCGCAUAGAGGAUGUCACGAAAGACAGCAUAAACUGGUGCUUGGACCAUGAUGAGAUGCCUGCCCAGCCACAUGACGCUCCACGUCUGGACACCUCCAGGAUCCUCCUAACUUCCACAAGUCUGUCUGCCUCUGCUGGACAGCCAAGAAAACCACCAUCCUGAACAUGGCCCUAGCCUAAACUUCCUCCCUCCUCCACUCAGUUUGCACGUGCUGGACCCUCUCCGGGCAAGGUGGACUAAUAGGACGCUUCCUUAAAAACACCGAACUUUCUCUAGGAUCUACAGAGACAUUGAUUAUCCAAGGCAUCCAUUCUUCUACCACUGUACAUAAGGUCCAUCUUGCCCAACUGCCACCAAGGGAUUGCCUCCAGGUCCUGGGCUCAAAGAGAGAUCAGAAGUUUGAAUGAACCACUGCCAACUGCACCCCCACCCCCAGAGUCUGAGGUCCUUAUGUUCAAGAUGUUGUCAUAAGAAAAGUCAUAGAACAGGGAAAGAUGGAGGGCAGGGCUUUCUCUUUCUGGCCUGAAGGACUUUAAGGUCAUCUGAGUUCAAGGACCCUCAAAGGUAAAUUGAGGUUACAGAUGACGAGGGAUAGUUAUUGCGCCAAGUUGGGAUGGAAGCCAUUUUUCUAGUAGCACCACAUUAAUAGACAUCAUCAUUGCCAUUAAUACUGGUGUCUCCUGCAUAUCU